UUCAGAGCCCCCCUCUACCGAGUCCCACAUGAGUAUCUUAGCAUAUACAGCCAGUGUUGAUUGGGGUUGUGGAUGUAUGUAGGGUAGUAGCUCUCACUAUAUCAUCUAUCCUCAUUUAGAGAGCUGCUGAAUGUGCAUGCCAUCCCUCUAUUCUCUCUCAUCUCUUCCGUCAGGAUGUUCAUGCAUUUGGAGGUCUGUUACUAUAUCUUCAUUUUGAUGACUCACAUGACAAGGUCCUGCUUCAGCUGGUCAGUGAAUAAUUUCCUGAUGACUGGACCUAAGGCUUACCUGAUUUACUCCAGCAGCGUAGCAGCCGGGGCGCAGAGCGGCAUCGAGGAGUGCAAAUACCAGUUUGCCUGGGACCGAUGGAACUGCCCUGAGAGAGCCCUGCAGCUGUCCACACACAGAAGCCUCCGCAGCGCGAACAGGGAGACAGCGUUUGUCCAUGCCAUCAGUUCAGCAGGAGUCAUGUACACUCUGACAAGGAACUGCAGUCUGGGGGACUUUGACAACUGUGGCUGUGAUGACACCAGGAAUGGACAGCGGGGGGGUACGGGCUGGCAGUGGGGGGGCUGCAGUGACAACGUGGGGUUCGGUGAGGCCAUCUCCAAGCAGUUUGUUGACGCGCUGGAGACAGGCCAGGACGCACGGGCCGCCAUGAACCUUCACAACAACGAGGCUGGACGCAAGGCGGUGAAAGGAACCAUGCAGAAGACAUGUAAGUGCCAUGGCGUCUCCGGGUCCUGCACCACACAGACCUGCUGGUUACAGCUACCAGAGUUCCGGGAGGUGGGAAACUACUUGAAGGAGAAGUACCACCGAGCCCUGAAGGUGGACCUGCUCCGGGGAGCCGGGAACAGUGCAGCCAGUCGAGGGGCCAUCGCAGAGACUUUCAGCUCCUUCUCUCGUAAAGAACUGGUCCACCUAGAGGACUCCCCAGAUUACUGUUUGGAGAACCGUACUCUGGGUCUGCCUGGCACAGAGGGCAGAGAAUGCCUGAAGAAGGGCAAGAACCUAAACAAGUGGGAGAAGCGGAGCUGCAAGAGGCUGUGUGGGGAGUGUGGUUUAGCCGUGGAGGAGAGGAAGGCGGAGUUGGUGUCGAGUUGCAAUUGUAAGUUCCACUGGUGCUGUGCGGUGAAGUGUGAGCAGUGCCGUAAGACGGUGACCAAGUACUUCUGUGUGAAGAAGGGGGGGCAGAAGGGGAAGAACGAGAGUGCUGGGAGCCGUAAGAAGAACCUGAGGCUGAGGAAGAAGCACUGAGCUGCAUCCAUCUUCCUCACCAUCAUCAUCACUGCCAUACGCCUUGUCUUCUCACAAGAUGAUUUUCACAGAGCCUCUCAAAUGUUUUUACAACAAGCUUUCUGCUUGUAUUCAAAAGACUUCAUUGGAAAAUAAUUUAUUGAAUAAGUCAAGUAUUGUUGUUAUCCCAAUCAAAUGUUUAAUAGUGGGGUAGAAAAUGUGUGGUAAAAAAAACAUGUUGAUAAAACUACAUGAGAAGAAAUAGAGGGAAACUAUUAGUUGUGUAGAACUGAUGGUAUAAAGGGUAUACAUAUAUUUAAAAUUCUUUAAAAAAAAACUUUUCCCCCCAAUUAUAUAUAUUAUUAUAAGUCAUUGGGCGUUUAAAGCAUCUUACAUACGGCCACACUCAAUAAUCUCCUUCAUACCUGGUAUCUUGAACAACUCUUCCUUAAUGAUCCGUCAACGGUAAACCUCAACAACAUCUUAUUUAUUGUCAUGACCAAGCUCUCUCUACAUGUGACAGUGUCUGAGAUCGAAGCAUCCCAGUAGUUUGUUCAAGCAUGUAUCACAACAGAUAUUCAGAUUAUAGGUUUGAAAAACAAGAAGAGACUUUGAGGUGCGUUCCUCUCGUCCAAUCCCUUGCCCUGCCCUGCCCUGCCCUGCCCUCCCCAGCCCUGCUCUCCCCAGCCCAGCCUUACCUUGAGGAUGUAUUUAAUUGUAAAUAAAAUGAAGCACUUUGUUCGGUAUAUUGUUUAUUUAUUGCACAGUUUUUUCCUUAGUUUUUGAUUUAUUCAUAGUUGCUUUCAUGGUUGUUAUUAUUUUCUAUA